UUAGAUGAACGUCGCCUUAGAAAGCUCAAAGUAUUUCUUAAAAGCGUCUCAUACAAUGGAUGCGAGGGAGCAAGCUUGCCAAAUCUGAACGAUCUGUACGUGGACCAGCUUCUGGUGGACGAAUUCCCGUGCAAGGAGCUCUCGAAAACCGAGGAGUUCAAGUGCAAUCCUACACCAUUUAUCCUAGCGAGUUGUUUUAAUAGAAAUCAAGUAAAGGACACCUCUAACAAUAAUAUGGGAAAUAAAACAACGAAAAGGGCCCCGAGGAAAGCAAACUUUACUCCUCGAAAGAGAAACACGCAGAAUGUUAAUUCACCAAAAACACCGAAGCAAGACUCGCCUCUUCAGUUAAGUAAGCUUCAACAAAUAAGGUCACCGCUCAGCGCUGAGAAGACAAAUCCCGCUAGAAGACUUUUUACAGAAGAACAGUUUGACAAAAUAAAGAAUGUUACACCGAGAAAGGAGGAAAGCUUAGCGAAAGAAAAA